AUGACUAAAGGUCCCCCCGCUGUGUCAGUGUCACUUGCCAGUGCGAACUUCUCCCGCAUGAGGAGGGGUCGCUAUGUCUCGAGACAACGUUGCUCAGCCGCGCCUCAUUUUUUGUCUUCCUUCUUCGCAGCAACAGCAACAGCAACAGCAACAACAACAACAACAUCUCGACUUUCAUCUCAAACCCGGCUGAUCGUGAUGGCCGACUCGUCCUCCAAUCUUUCCUCGCCGCCUGCGAAUUCUGACCUCGCCGUUUUGGUUGACCGUAUCUUCCGUGAAGUGUUCACUCAGCUCGGCGAAAUCAAAACUCAGCUCGACACAAUGAACGGCCGUCUUGAUACUCUCGAGGCCACUGUUCGCGACCAUGGCCAGCACUCGGCCCGUAUUGAUCGACGUCUUACUAGCGCGCGACCUCUACAACAACCAAUUUCCGUGCUAGACUCCUCAACAGCGGAGCUUGUGAGCCUAGUUCGGUUCUCACCCCUCUGGUCAAUCCAGCGACUGGCGAGAACAUCCCCGAUUUCCCCCGCACCUAUGGCGAGGUCCAGCGACUUCACGCUCGUGAGCUCGGUGCCCUUCUGCAAGCCCUCAACCUGCGCGGUGCUAGAAACGCUGAGCAGAAGCGAGGUGACUUCUUGCGCGAGAUUGGCGCUACCCAGGUUCGGGUUACGCGCCGUUAGUGUUUUUCCCAGGUUAUCGCAUUCUGGAAUGGAGUUUGGUGUAAUCGGUUCAUGA